AUGACCAAGUUACCAGCCACCAAGAAGAUACAGAGUUCCCCUGCCUCAGGGGCCCUCUGGCCCUUUUAUGCCUCAGAUCUUCUAACGCAGGCCCCAGACAAACCAAUGAGGAGCAUCAGGUAUAUGGAGAAGGAUAUAAUAAACCUCAAGAAAGACCUUACACGAAGCCGCAUGUUGAUCCAGUGGGUGAAGGUUGGCCGUGGAUACUUUACUAUUCUGAGGGAGGAGAGUGCACUGAAAAAGAAGCAACAACAGCUUCAGAAACUCAAAGAGGAAGAAAGAAAUAUACUCCGACCAGCCAAAAAGAUAUCAGAUAUCCAGUACGGGGAUAUUCUUCUGACCACGUGCGGGCACGAGAAGAUGAAGAAGGCGGGGACUGGAAUCCUCCUGUGUCCAUUCACCCCGGUGCACAGCUGCCUCAUGGCGCCCUCGCUGCCUGAGGCUCACGUUGAGCCCAUCUUCCGCCAGCUCUGUGCCCUCCACUGGCUCCUGGAGGCCCUGACUAUCGACCACAACCACCACACCAUGAAGCCCGUGAUCACCUGCUGGAAUCCGAAGGACCCAGGUGGAAGCAAGAGCACAAUAAAAAAAAUCAAUAAGGACAAGUCCGUGGGACAGAGGUGGGAGCGCUUCAUCACAGCCCCGAAGACCAAGAGGUUCAAGGUUCCUGCAGCACGCGUCACCAGCCGCAAGCCAAGCCGGCGAGGCUCCACCCUCAGUCUGUCUCGGACGAGCGGAGGGUCAUCUCCCCCGAGCAGCAAGGUCUCCGUGAAGCCGGGCUCAGAUGAGUCCCAGAGUGUGAUCGCCCAGGCGACCGGCAGCAAGGACGCCGAGGACGAUGCACCGUCUCCGGCCAAGCCUGACGAAGAACCUCUCCAUGUCAAUCUGCAGAAGCUCCUGGAGAUGGUUCGGGAAGAUGCUCAGAGAACAGUCACGAUGGCAAAUGGAAUGCAAAAACAAGCGCCCAGUAUCUUGUCGAUGCUCAGACAGAACAAGAGUGAUUCUGCCCAUAAAGACAUGCAGACCACCCGCAAAUCAAGUGACAGAUCCAGCAGUGCAAGUGGAGACAGCCACUCCCAGGUGCUCCAGAAGAAGUCGAAAAGCUGCACCAGCCGUGACAUCAUCCACUGCAAGAGUGGGGUGUGUAACGCCAUGAGGGCCGAGUUUAACCGUGUGGCUCAGGAGGCUGGCCUGUGUCUACAGGACAAGAUGGAAAUCCUCAUGAAGCGCCAAGAAGAAAGAGGUCUCCAGAAGUUCCGUUCUUUUGACCUUGUCUCAAAUUUCCAAAAGGAUGUAGCAAAAAUGAGACACCACAUCUCCAUGGUAAAAGGAGAUGCAGAAGAAAUUGCAGACCACUGGUACUUUGACCUGCUGUCCAAACUCCCUGAGGACCUGAAGAAUUUCCGCCCCGCCAGAAAGAUCCUGGCGAAGCUGCAGAAGUUUGGGGAAAAUCCGGACCUGAGGACCCGGCCGCAUGUUCUCCUGAAGGUGCUGCAGGACAUGAGGGUCUGGGAGCUGUGCUCUCCGGACAUCGCAGUGGCUAUCGAGUUUGUGCGAGAACACAUCAUCCACAUGCCUCAAGAGGAUUAUAUCAGCUGGCUGCAGGACCGAAUCAGCGUCCCCUUGCGGUCCCACAGUGCCCAGAUGUAGUGGGCCUGGGUUGACCAGCGAUCCCAGUGGAGGAGGGCUGUCUACACUGUGUUCCUGUUUCCUCCCUACUCUCAUGGAUACUCAUUAGGACCUAGUAGGGUCAUCUGGAGACCAGAUGACCCUGCCAGCAUUCUAGAGGGAGCUCCUCCCAGGUGGAAACUCCCUUCUACCUCACACCCCAACCUCAGUCUCCCAGCCUCCGUUCUCAUUGGUCUAGCCUGACUCUACCUGCUCCCUCUCCAGAAUCCUUCACUUUAUUUCUCCUCCUCAAAUUCUAGA